AUGUCCGACUCACAAGCCUGGCUAAUCACUCUCGAAGAGCACUGGCUCUCGAAAUAUGUGCAAGAGUACUACGUAAAGCAGGGCAAGCCGGACCCAUACUCAGGACCCGCGUUUGAUAAUUUUCGCUCGGUUCUCAAGACAGUAGGAGAGAUUCGCAUCACCGAUAACGAGAAAGGCCGCGUGCGUCUCCAGGUCAUCUCUCACGGGCCAAACACGAUUCCCAUCGACGCCACAACCUGCAUCGCCGCCAACGACGAAUUGGCCCAAGCCAUCUCCCACCACUCCGAGCGCUACCGUGGCUUCGCUCUGUUACCGAUCGACGACCCGGCAGCGGCAGCAACAGAGCUCUCACGCGCCGUCACACAGCUAGGGUUCGUGGGCGCUAUGAUUGAUAACACGACUGAGGGCCGCUUCUACGACGACGAGUUCUUCUGGCCCAUCUGUGCCGCAGCUGAGAAACUGGACGUACCUAUCUACCUGCACCCCAGUUACAACGAGCAAACGGCCGUUAUACUGUACAAAGGCAACUACUCACCGGUGAUUGCGCGUUCGCUGAGCACUAACGGUUGGGGUUGGCAUGCCGAGUGCGGUACGCAUUUUUUGCGCCUAUAUGCCUCAGGCCUAUUCGACAAGUAUCCACGGUUCAAGCUGGUGCUGGGCCAUAUGGGUGAGAUGUUGCCAUUCCAGCUCGACCGUGUCGCUCACUGGGUCGAGACAAUGUGGCGCGAGGGCCCAAAGCGGUCUUUGCGCAGUGUGUGGGACGAGAAUGUCUGGAUCACCACCAGUGGCAUGUUCUCGCUGAGUCCCGCGGCAUGCUUGCUGAGACAGUGCAAGCCAGACCGCAUCUGUUAUUCGGUGGACUAUCCGUUUGCAUCUAACGAGGCAGGUCUCAAAUUUAUGGAAGAGCUGCGGACUUCCGGGCUGGUCAGCGUGGAACAGCUCGAGGCAAUUGCGUAUGGGAAUGCGGCAAAACUGCUCAACCUGGAGUUGUCGUGA